GCUCGCGUCCUGCCAUGGACACGCCAGCCUCUGCGCGUACGAAGCGCUCCUGGACGGCCCAGGCCGCGCUCCUCCUGUUCGCGGCUCUCCUGCUUGUCGGGCGAGCCAGCGUCGGCGAGAGGGCAAGCGAGAUGUAUUGGGACACGUCAGAGAUUUACGCACGUGACGAGCGAACCGAUCGCAGCGUGAGGAUGGCGUGUCAUCCCAUGUACGGUUGGCUGGAGAAGCCGCUGAACCUCAUGGUCCACGAUGUCGUCGACGACAUCCCAAAGAAACCACGUCUCGCGAAGGUCCCGUUCGAUGCAGUCAUGAGAGUCGGAGUGGUGGAAACCGACAUCACGGAUCUCCAGAUCAGAGACAUCAAAAUAGAUGACGUUAGCUUUAUAGAUUGCAGAACGGUGAGAGACUUCGCUCCGAUGCUGCCAAGGGCGCUCCCCAACGUCGUCAAGGUCCACGUGCACGGCAUUCGCGUCACGGUCGAUAUGGCGUACGAUUCGCGCGGCUUGUUGGGGUUUGGCGCAAGCGCUGGCAAGGCACGAUCCACCGUGAAAGGGGAGAUGAAGCUCACCUUGGCCUUUCUCGCUUUCGACGACUGGCACGUGUCUUCCUGCGCGGGCAAUUUCACGGUGGCAGACACACAGGUGAUCGGCGAGGGCUUGGGCGAGCUUGCAGUGCCAGUGCCGAACGCGCUUCCCUUCGCCUCAAUAAUGUGCUACGGCCUUGGCGCGGUGAUGGAUUCCGGGCUGGUCGGCCUCACGCUGGAGGGAGCACAGGACACACGCUACGAGGGCAAGGAGGCAACCUUUCGUGGAGUCGUGCCGAUGGUCAACGAGCGGCUGAGCCGGAUCGCGCCCGCGGUCCGUGGGACAGCGCAAACCCUACACGUCGACCUGCGGGACUCGGUCCACUGGGUUGAGGACAAAAUUCCUUGUCUUGGUCUCCUCCGCUCCUGCCAUCCGCCACCUUCGCCGCCGGCGCCACCAGAGUGGUUGUGGCGCUGACAGCAGUAAACGCUCCACAUGAAACGCUCACAGACACUGAAAAGCAUGCUCAGAAGUCUCUCACACUAUGUGUUGACUCUCUCAGUAAAGUGUAGGUGAGUCUAGAGGAGAGAUGGGGAAAGGAGCUGUAGUUUCAGAGAGUUUGACUAGCUUUGAGUCAGUUUCAUACUUUAAUACGCCGUCACGUGUUCGCCCGGUCCCCGCUCGCGUCCAGCUUCUGCCGCGCGUCUGCGUGGCAGCGCUUGACACUGACGAGGGUUCGUCUCGCUGACCACGAGCAUCUUCACCGCCCCUCGGUGGGCGAGCCGACUCAGUUGCCAGUCAACAUGCUCGGCGCCCGUGUACCCCUCUCUCGCGGCGCGAGCGGCUGUAACCCCCCUCGGCCUCGCACCGCUUGCCUACUCCCGCUCGCAGGUACAGCCGCUGCCAUCGAGGAAGCCGCGAGACGCGUCCGCUGCUGCCCAUUCCCCACCCUUGUCCCGCGCAACCGCCCUCCCUCUCUUCUGGCAAGAGAGCGACCCGCUCUCGCUUGCUCGCCAAUCGCCGCCCGGCUCCAGUCCGAGCGCCGAGGACGCGAGAGAGCGCGCCGGCGGCCUCGUCUCGACCGUUCAGGUG